AUGGUUAUGAGAGGGGCUGUCGAGUCGGGCUUCCCCCUGCUCGGAGUGGCCAUACUAGGCUGUUUCUGCUGCAUGCGAGGGGGUCAGACCCAGGAUGACUCGGGCUCUGAGGGGAUCCCAGGCACCAUGCCUCCCCACCUCAUCUUCAUCUUGGCGGAUGACCAGGGCUAUGGGGACGUGGGCUACCAUGGCUCGGACAUUCACACUCCGGUCCUGGACCAGCUGGCUGGGGAAGGGGUGAAGCUGGAGAACUACUAUGUCCAGCCGAUCUGCUCACCCUCACGCAGCCAGCUCAUGACGGGACGGUGAGUAAUGUACUUACUGUACUGUACUGGCUUAUUAGGCCUAUCUAGUAUUAUCCGGAAUGAUCUAAUUCCUCUCACACUUCUGUGCAUUCCUAUAACCUUGCUUCUAAAUAGAGGAGUGAUCUGUCAACACAUUGCAUUUUGUUGUGAAUAGACAUGUACUGUAUACGUUUAGAACAAAUGUGUGAAGGUUGUGACGUUGAUCCCUGACAAUAAAUGGGAGGGAUGUCUCACUGGUUCUGAAAUAUUUUCCUUCGUGGUUUGGGAAAUUACAUAAUCUUGGCUUCGCUCUGACCUCCCCUCCCCUCCCCUCCACUCCCCCUUUCUUCCAGGUACCAGAUUCACACGGGCCUCCAGCAUUCCAUCAUCCGGGCACGCCAGCCCCUGUGCCUGCCCCCGGACGCGCCCACCCUGGCUGAGCGGCUGCAGGAAGCAGGCUACAGCACCCACAUGGUAGGGAAGUGGCACCUGGGCUUCUGCCGGCCGGGCUGUCUGCCUACGGGUCGCGGCUUCCAGAGCUUCCUGGGCUCCCUGACUGGCAGCGGUGACCACUUCUCCUACCAGAGCUGUGACCAGGCUGAGGCCUGCGGCUUCGACCUGCACGACGGGGAGAGACCAGCCUGGGAGAUGAGCGGUAACUACUCCACAACGCUCUACAUAGAGAGGUGAGGCUAGCUCUUACACACAUCUUUGAUGAUGUUGUAUUCAAUAUUUAUGAGAAGGAGCUUAUCUAGUAGUAAACACUACUGUCCGUGUAGCUCAGUUGGUAGAGCAUGGCGCUUGCAACGGCAGGGUUGUGGGUUCGUUUCCCAUGGGGGGCCAGUAUGAAAACAAAUAUAUAAAAAAAUAAGAUAAGAGCGUCUGCUAAAUGACUGAAAUGUAAAUGUUAUGUUUUUAGAGUGAUUAGCAUUUGGCUAUUUCCGAGAUUUGGACACCACAGAAUCUAUGUAUUGUAUAUAAUGUCUCAGUUAUAUAAAGAUGUAACCCAGAUCUGGUGGCCUCCUCUUUUUGUCCAGGGUUAAGAAGAUCCUGAGGGCCCAUGAUCCCCGGAAGCCCCUCUUCCUGUACCUGGCCCUCCAGGCCGUCCACACACCCCUCCAGGCACCAAACCACUUUCUGCGACGCUACAGUGCCCUGGACAACCGCCCGCGACGACACUAUGCAGCCAUGGUGAGCUGUGUUGACGAGGGUGUGGGGGUGCUUGUGCAGGAGCUGAGGACCAGGGGUCUCUACCAGAACUCUGUCCUGGUCUACUCCUCAGACAACGGGGGCCAGCCCCUCUCUGGGGGCUGCAACUGGCCCCUGCGUGGGGGGAAGGGCACGUACUGGGAGGGGGGAGUACGGGCAGUGGGUUUCGUCCACAGCCCACUCCUGAAGAGGAAAGGGAAGGUGAGCAAGGCGCUGAUCCAUGUUUCUGAUUGGUACCCAACCCUGCUGUCUCUGGCGGGGGCACCGGAGAAGGACCGAGGCCAGCUGGACGGCCACAAUGUGUGGGGGGCCAUCAGCCAGGGGCUGCCUUGCCCCCGCACUGAGAUCCUGUUCAACAUCGACCCGGUAUCCCGACGGCCCAGUGAGGCAGACUCCAGGACCCUGGCCCUUAACGGCUUCGGCAUCUGGGACACGGCAGUGCGGGCGGCCAUCCGGGCCGGGGACUGGAAGUUGCUGACGGGAAAUGUGGGUGAUGGGGACUGGGUGCCCCCUCAGACCCUGCCCGGGGGGCCCCAGCAGUGGCAGGGCAUGGAGAAACGUCGAGACCAGAGGGGGAAGUCUGUGUGGCUCUUCAACAUCACCGCUGACCCUUAUGAGAGGUCAGACCUAGCCGAUGCAAGGCCUGAGGUGGUCAAAAUACUGCUGGCCAGGCUGGCCGAGUACAACCAGACGGCCGUGCCGCCCCGAAACCCACCAGAUGACCACAUGGCGGACCCCCAGCUCCAUGGGGGGGUGUGGACACCAUGGCUGGGUGAGCCGGGCAGCGAGGAGCCAGGGGGCAGCGGGGAGGGAGGGAAAGGGAAGAGUAGUAAGAUGAGGCACUGUAAGGUGUGCAAACUGAAAGCCCUCUUUAAGAAGGUGGGCUCCCGGAUGCAGAGAUCCUCUCUGUUCUUUUAG